CUAGACGAGAACGACGAGUCCCUCAAGCGCUACAAGGAGUCCCUCGGCCUCGGCGGCGGCAACGACCUGUCCGACCCCAACGACCCGCGCGUGUGCAUCAUCCACUCGCUCUCCAUGGAGUCUCCCGGCCGGGAGCCCGUCGUGAUCGACCUGUCCACACCCGGGUCGUUGGAGGACCUUAAGAAGAAGCCCUUCACCAUCAAGGAGGGUGCCAAGUUCACCAUGAAGGCCCAAUUCAAGGUGCAGCACGAGAUUUUGAGCGGCUUGCACUACGUCCAGACGGUCAAGCGCGGCAAGAUCAGGAUCCCCGGUGGCAAGACGAGUGAGAUGAUUGGCAGUUAUGCGCCCAACACGGAUAAGAAUCCCAUGUACACCAAGACUUUCGCCGAGGAGGAGGCCCCCACUGGUAUGCUCGCCCGUGGCAACUACAACGCCGUCUCUCGCUUCGUCGACGACGAUGGCAAGACCCAUCUCGAGUUCGAGUGGAGCUUCGAUAUUGCCAAGGACUGGUAA